GAGUGCGAGACCUUUGAGAAAUGUUGUCCCAAUGUCUGUGGAACCAAGAGCUGUGUGGCUGCUCGGUACAUGGACAUCAAGGGGAAAAAGGGGCCUGUGGGGAUGCCCAAAGAGGCAACGUGUGACCGCUUCAUGUGCAUCCAGCAAGGCUCAGAGUGCGACAUCUGGGAUGGGCAGCCUGUCUGCAAAUGCAAGGACAGAUGUGAAAAGGAGCCAAGCUUUACCUGUGCCUCUGACGGGCUCACCUACUACAACAAGUGCUACAUGGAUGCAGAGGCCUGCAUCAAAGGCAUUACACUGAACGUGGUCACCUGUAGGUACCAUCUCACCUGGCCAAACACCAGCCCUAUCCCCCCAGAAACAACAGCUCGCCCUACCACCGCCUACUCUGAGACAACAGUUGUUGAUAUCCUGCCACCUACACUGGUGAACAACCCUGUCCAUCAGUCCGUCUAUGUGGGAGAGACCGUCAGCUUCCUCUGCGACGUCUCAGGGAGACCCAAGCCAGAAAUCACAUGGGAGAAGCAGGUCGAUGGGAAGGACAAAGUCAUCAUGAAGCCAAACCACGUCAGAGGGAACGUCGUGGUCACCAACAUCGCCCAGCUGGUCAUCUACAACACGCAGUUGCAGGAUGCGGGAAUCUACACCUGCACUGCCCAGAACAGUGGUGGCCUCCUCCAGGCAGAUUUCCCUUUGUCAGUCAUCAGAGGAGAGCCCACAUCCAAGGAAGCUUCCCAGAACAAAACACAUUUCCCAACCGACGAGUGCCUGAAGCAGCCGGACAGUGAAGACUGUGGGGAAGAGCAGACCAGGUGGUACUAUGAUGCCAAGAAAAACAACUGCUUUACUUUCAUCUAUGGGAACUGCAACAGCAACCUCAACCACUUUGAGACCUAUGAGAGUUGCAUGCUAACGUGCAUGAACGGCCCCAUCAACAUCUGCAACCUGCCUGCCCUUCAAGGCCACUGCAAGGCCUACGAGCCCAGGUGGGCCUACAACAGCUUGACAAAGGAGUGCCAGUCCUUUAUCUACGGCGGGUGUGGAGGCAAUGAGAAUAACUUUGAGAGCCGGGAGGCCUGUGAGGAGAUGUGCCCCUUCCCAAAGAACACGCACUGCAAGGCCUGCAAACCCCGCCAGAAGCUGGUGACCAGCUUUUGCAAAAGCGACUUUGUCAUCCUGGGCCGCAUCACGGAGCUGACCGAAGACCAAGACUCAGGACAUGCCCUGGUGACGGUGGAGGAGAUUCUCAAGGAUGAAAAAAUGGGAUUAAAAUUCCUGGGGAAGGAACCACUAGAAAUCACGCUUUUGAACAUGGACUGGAGCUGCCCAUGUCCCAACAUGACCACAGUGGAUGGCCAGCUCAUCAUCAUGGGGGAUGUCCACAAUGGCAUGGCCAUUCUACAGCCAGACAGCUUUGUGGGCACCUCCAGCAUCCGGCGUGUGCGCAAGCUCCGCGAAGUUAUCCACAAGAAAACCUGUGAGCUUUUGAAAGAGUUCCUGGGAUUGCAUUAACCUCCCUCACAUGUGUGAGCUGCCCUGUUAGUAGGGCUAACAAGUGCUAGGCUAGUGCCAAACUAAACACACUGUUUGAAGAUACACUGUAGGAAUUAUGCAGAACCCCUAUUUUAAUCCCUUAAUGAUGCUUAGCAACAACAUAGUUAGGUCUUUGGCAAGCUUGUAAACCACCAGCAAAAGGCCAUUAAUCUUGCAUUGAAAUCAGUUUCUCCACAUAGGAGUGCCAUUUAACUAGGUGACUCACUUCAGCAAUUAUAAAAUUUUUAUCUAG